UAUUUAAUUUAAUUUUUUUUUUCAAAAUGAUGAUGAUAAAUAUUCCUAAAACAUUUUUGACGAAACGUUUUUAAUCUUCCACGUAUUGAAAAGUUUCGUGUAAAUGAAGUUAGGCCUGACCCGGAAGUAAACGGCGCGAGGCGCUAGCAGCGUUAGCUUGUUUUGCGAUGACGGCGGUGUUUGUGUAAGUUUGAGCUGAAUAUCUUUUGCAGCUGCAGCUACAGGAGCCAUGUCUUCACUUGAGUCUCUGAGAGAGUUGAUCGGCGAGCGACUAGAAGAAAUAUUCAGACUCUGUGAAGGAACCAUCGUCCAAUACGAGCAGGAGCUCUGUCGUCAGCGCAGACUGCUGGAUAUCGCCUGGAAACCACAGCUUCAGCUCCACCGCAUAGUGCUUCCUCAGCAUUGGGUGAGGGAAGAGAACGAUCUCUGCAACCAGCAGAGAAACUUAAGAGAGGAACAGAAGGAACCAGAACCUCUACAGACUGCAGAUAAACAACAGGGAACAGACCCCCCUCAAUUUAAAGAGGAGGCAGAGGAGUUCUGCAUCACUCAGGAUGAAGAGCAGCUUGAUCUGAUGCAGGAGAUUCCUACAUUUGAGGAAAAUGAGAACUGGGAAGCAGAUCUAAACAAUCAGCAGAGCUUUAAUGGAACUGAUGGUCAGGAUGAAAGCAAACAUGAUGAACCAACUUCAUAUGAAGAGACAAAGCCGCAGAACAGAAAUCAGAGGAAGAGAAGACGCAAAAGGCUUCUUCAAAAUGUGGACAGCGCUCACAUGUCAGAAAGCCAGUGUGAGGCUGACGUUAGAAAAAACUUCAAGAAGGAUGCCUUGGUCAAGAAACGCAAACAAACUCCGAAAGAAAAGAGACCUUCCGCAGAAAUGUCUGGUAAAAGACCAAGAAUUACACGCAAUGCAUCUGCCAACAUGGGAGCUAAGUCUUAUAAAAGACUUUAUGUCUGUACAGAAUGUGGUAAACAUUUUGGUCAUUUAUCUCAUCUCAAAACACACCUGAGAACGCACACAGGUGAGAGGCCUUUUUCUUGCAAAAAAUGUGAUUCAACAUUUAGUCAAAUAUGUCAUCUCAAAUCACACAUGAGAAGUCACACAAGAGAAAAGCCGUAUUCUUGUGAACAAUGUGAUAAAAGCUUUAGACAUGUAUUCAGUCUUAAUAGACACGCGAGAAGUCACACAAGAGAGAAGCCCAUUUUUAGACAAAAAUGUGACAAAGAGUUAAAAGAAAACUCUUCACUCAAAACAAAGGCAACCUCAAAGCAGAAGUGUCACCCAGAAACGACAUUAAGAAUUUAAAUAAGAGGGCAAAUUAUUGUGGGGAAUUCCACCCCCCCCCUCUCUUUGUUUUGAAGAAAGAGGCUGGACUGUUAUAAAGACCUAUCACACACUAAAAAAGUAUUUUGGGUUUACAUUAAGAAUGUUUAUAUAGGUCACACACAAUAGUUGUGAUGUUUUG